ACACAAAUUAAAAUCACAGCUAUAUUACUUUUCUUUCCCUUCUAGUUUCUUAUACCAAUUAGUUUUUCUAACUUAUGUGCCUAUAUAAACCCUUUCAAGCCCAAUGGUUGCGCCUCACUUUCACAACUUGGUUCUUAUUUAAUUUCAACUAUUAUAACAAGCCUUAAUCUAAUAUCUCUCACAGCCCUUCUUUGAGAGACCUCAAGAGAGAAAAUAAGGUAUGUGUUCUUUCUCUUCAGAACAGUCACCUUAUCUUUUUCUUGGUUUUGCCCUUCACCCUCCAUGGCCAUCCAAGAGACAGCACCAGCACCUUCGGUUGAACAUCCAUAAAAGAAGGAGAGCACAAUUGCAAGAAGCAAGACGGAGGAAGAGGAUGAUCAUCUUGAAGCUUACAGAAAUAAAGAUGAGAAACUUGAAGUUGUACAUGGAGAACCAAAGCAUCAUAGAGGAGAAUCAGAAGUUGAGGAAGCAAGCAAUGCUUCUUCACAAAGAGAAUGAUGUCCUCUUAUUUCAGCUUCAAAAGAAGCUUUCCGAACAAAACAACAGCAAAACCAAUUAAAUGGCUACUAUUAGCUAGCUAUAAUACAGUUUAUAUGGUAAGGCCCAAAAGUAGGCAAAUUUGAAGGGUCUCUCAUUGAUCCUUCUUUAUGAGGAUGAAUCUUAAAUUAAUAUAUAUGUCUUUCUUUUAUAUCAUUUGUUUCUUAGUGUAUGAAGUUAAAUUAAUUAAUUCCUUGCAAGAGUUUAACUGUAAACCAUUACAAGGAAUGUAGUAUUGAGCAAUGUUACCAGA